GUCCCAUACCGUACAGUCUGUGGAGACCAGCAAACGUGUCCAAAGAGUGGUAGAAACUUUAGAACUCAUAAGCCAACCGCAGCCGUCCAACCUCGGUUAUAUUUGAAAGUCUACUACUUUUGCUAUCAGUCCUCCGCAUAUACCUGCCGGAGUGCUAAAUCCUCCUGUACAUACAAAUAGUCACUCCCCGCUCAAAAAGCCCCAUAAUAAUUAUAGACCUCUAAACAUAACCUCUCACUAUUAUUCUUCGACGUCUAUUAAUACGUUCAUAAUGCCGGUCCGCGCCCCAGCCAGGAAACUAGAUGAAUUCGAGGACCUUGUUUAUCAGUACUCCAAUGGCAUGAAUAGACAAGAUGGCGAAGAGCGCUGGGAUAUUGAUUCGGCUGCUGCCGAUCUUCGCUUUGAAUCCGCAACUCAGGGCCCCCCAGCCCGAGUCUCAUUCUUGUUGAAUGUAACCCCCAAGAUGUGUAAUCCCGUGGGAACACUCCACGGGGGCUGCGCUGCUACAUUGAUUGAUAUUCUAUCGACCACACUCCUCCUGGGUCUCUCAAAACCGGGGUACUUCUCCUUUGGUGGAGUGAGUCGGAACCUCAGAGUGACGUACCUGCGUCCGCUCCCUAAAGGCCUCGAGAUCCGACUAGUAUGCGAGUUGAUCCAUACGGGGAAGCGGUUGGCACUGAUGCGCGCGGAGAUCCAACGAGCUGAUAAUGGCGCUGUCUGCGUGGUGGGUGAACAUGAGAAAGCCAAUACGGAUCCUGAGGCGGAUGGGAGAAUCUGAUUUUACCGUCAUACAUGUUUGGUUUUCUAUCUUUUGUCCUUUUACGCUAUAGUUAGAAUAUACUGUGUAGAUUGAGCGUGAUGACUUGAAUAUGCAGCAUUACAUCUUGUUAU